AUCACAAACAUGGUUUGGGCUAUUUGGUAGUAUGUGAACAUAACCUGACUGCUAGCAGAUCUACUACGAAGUGAAAAGGCUUUAUUUGAUUUCGAAACGUGUGGUCACGUCAAAGAUAAUCGGAUCUUGAACUAAGUUGAAAUGUUUACAUGUAGAAAGUUAGCCGUCAUCGCUUUUAUACUGACGGACUAGCCUGACUAUUGUGAAGCAGGGCCAGUCAAGAUGGACACCGCUGAGGAAGCGGACAUCUGUCGGGUAUGCCGGUCAGAGGGCAGCCAGGACAAGCCGCUCUACCAUCCCUGUGUCUGCACUGGUAGCAUCAAGUUUAUCCAUCAGGAAUGCUUACUGCAGUGGUUGAAACACAGCAGAAAAGAAUACUGUGAAUUAUGCAAACACAGGUUUGCAUUUACACCAAUCUACUCUCCUGACAUGCCAUCUCGCUUGCCUGUCCAGGACAUCUGUGCAGGGCUGGUCACCAGUAUUGGAACAGCCAUUCGAUACUGGUUCCACUACACACUGGUGGCCUUUGCCUGGCUAGGCGUGGUGCCUCUCACAGCAUGUCGUAUCUACAAGUGUGUAUUUACUGGCUCUGUGAGCUCUCUUCUUACUCUGCCAUUAGAUAUGCUUUCAACGCAAAACCUGCUUGCAGACUGCCUUCAGGGCUGUUUUGUGGUCACUUGCACGCUGUGCGCCUUCAUCAGCCUGGUGUGGCUUAGAGAGCAGAUUGUCCACGGUGGCGCCCCUCAGUGGUUAGAGCAAAAUCCACCCCCUCUAGUUCCUAACCAGCCUGAGGGUCCUGCACCAGCUAAUGAGGUUCCAGGUGGUAACAUUGGCGUCAACGCCCAGGCUGCUGCCGACGUCGCAGAAGCCCAGCACCCUGCAGACCCUGCCCCAGACGGUCUGGCACCGGCCAAUCCGCAUGAAGCUGGCCACCACGGAGACGAGGCUGAACUGGACGAUGAGGAAGGAGAUGACGAUGGGGAGGAGGAGGAGGAGGAGGACGACGACGAGGAGGAUGACGAUGAGGAAGGCAGGGAAGAGGAUGCUGCUGAUGGCAAUAAUGGAGGACAAGAAGAUUUGAACUGGAACGCCCUGGAGUGGGACCGUGCAGCAGAGGAGUUGACCUGGGAAAGGAUGCUGGGGCUGGAUGGCUCCCUAGUUUUCUUGGAGCAUGUGUUCUGGGUGGUGUCUCUCAACACACUCUUCAUCCUGGUCUUUGCUUUUUGCCCGUAUCACAUCGGCCAUUUCUCAGUUGUUGGACUGGGCUUUGAAGACUAUGUCAAAGCGUCGCACUUUGACGGCCUCGUCACCACCAUACUGGGGUACAUCCUCCUGGCUGGAGCUCUCAUAGUCUGCCAUGCGUUGGCUUCAUUAGUGAAGUUCCAGCGGCCCAGACGCCUCUUGGGUGUCUGCUACAUUGUUGUCAAGGUGUCCCUGCUGGUUGUCAUGGAGAUUGGCUUGUUCCCACUGAUUUGUGGUUGGUGGCUCGACAUUUGCUCGCUGGAGAUGUUUGAUGCGACUCUAAAAGACAGGGAGCAGAGUUUUGACGCGGCCCCGGGUACCACCAUGUUCUUCCAUUGGCUGGUCGGCAUGGUCUACGUCUUUUACUUCGCCUCCUUCAUCCUUUUGCUCAGAGAGGUGCUUCGGCCGGGUGUGCUGUGGUUCCUGAGGAACCUGAACGAUCCAGACUUCAACCCAGUCCAAGAGAUGAUCCACCUGCCCAUUUACAGACACCUGAGGAGGUUUAUUCUCUCUGUGGUGGUGUUUGGCUCUAUAGUUCUGCUGAUGCUUUGGCUUCCUAUCAGAAUCAUCAAACUGCUCUUUCCGACCUUCCUGCCCUACAACGUCAUGCUUUACAGCGACGCACCGGUCAGCGAGUUGUCAUUGGAGCUGCUGUUGCUUCAGGUUGUCCUGCCGGCAUUGCUGGAGCAGGGUCACACUCGCCAGUGGCUCAAACGGCUCGUCCACGCCUGGACGUUCACAGCCGGAUACAUGCUUGACCUUCACUCCUACCUGCUGGGGGACCAUGAAGACGAUGACAACCAACCAAACAACAACGCUCCCGGUCGCCAUAACAACAACAGGAUCCCUGGCCUGGGGGAGGGUCUUCACGCUGCCCAUCAGGCCAUUCUGCAGCAGGGGGGUCCUGUUGGUUUCCAGUCGUACCACCGGCCCCUCAACUUCCCCCUCAAGAUCAUUCUGCUGGUAGUCUUUAUGUGCGUGGCGCUGUUACUGGCUAGUCUGAUCUGCCUUACACUGCCGGUGUGUGCAGGUCGCUGGCUGAUGUCUUUCUGGAUGGGCAAUGCCAUGGUUCACGAGCUGUACACCGCGGCCAGCGGUCUGUACAUCUGCUGGCUGUCCAUUCGAGCCGCCACCGUGAUGCUGUCCUGGAUGCCACAGGGGCGGACCAUGAUCAUGCUCAAAGUCCACGAGUGGACGCUCAUGAUCCUUAAGACCCUGGUGGUGGCCGUGCUGUUAGCCGGGGUGAUUCCUCUGCUGUUGGGUCUGCUGUUUGAGCUGGUUAUCGUUGCUCCUCUCAGAGUCCAGCUGCACCAGACGCCUCUCUUCUACCCCUGGCAGGACUGGGCACUGGGAGUGCUCCAUGCUAAAAUCAUCGCUGCCAUCACACUGAUGGGCCCUCAGUGGUGGCUCAAAACCGUCAUUGAGCAGGUGUAUGCUAACGGUAUCCGAAACAUUGACCUCAAUUUCAUCGUGCGAGGGCUAGCCGCCCCAGUCAUCUGCGUCCUGCUGCUGUCUCUCAGUGUGCCCUACACUAUCUCUAAAGGCAUUACACCACUGCUGGGUGUGCAGCCAGAGAUGCAGAUGCUGGUGGAUAGGAGGAUCUAUCCCUUCCUGCUGAUGGUGGUCAUACUGUUGGCCAUCCUGUUCUUCCAGAUAAGACAGUUCAGACGCCUCUACGAACACAUCAAGAAUGACAAAUACCUGGUUGGACAGCGACUGGUGAACUAUGAACGUAAGACAGGCAGGAGGGCGUCCAGCUCCUCACACAGCACCUCCUCAUAGACCUGCCACUGCUCUGGGAUCAGUGGAGCCGACUAUCAUCCGCUCCUGUGGUGAAACCUUUUUUUUUUUUUUUUUUUUUUUUCCUCCGUGCUCGGCUGUCAAUUGCCAACUUCAAACACCACCUCUAAACUUUUGACUGCAGCCUCGACUUCUUAGACACCGACAUCUACUGCUGUCACAGGUUGGGAGACAAAGACGUUGAAGAGUGAAAAGACAAAAUGGUCUCAAAACUUUUUCGUGGAAAAGAAAUUUGAAUUUCUGAACAUGGUUGUGAACCAACAUGCAAUAACAGUCCGUUUUGACUGUCCAUCCUGUUUUAAUGUGUCCGUCUUUUUUCUUCAACGCAGCUGACAUUUUAAGUUGUAAUUAUAUUAUUUUGAAAUAGGUUUGAGUUGGAGUCGGGUCAGUUGAGUAUAGAGUUUGCCUCAGAUUGUGCUUCCGUUUGAAUGCUUGUUGUGAAAUAUUGUCUUGAUUGUCUCUUAAUAGGACGUGUUUGAAAGUUUCAGAGCUGUAGAGGCGAUAUGUUAACUAUCACGGAGACGCCUCUGUGGUUCUAUUUCAGUUGUCGAUUUGCCUCAAAUGACACCCUUCAGCAAAUUGAGGUCGUCCGUGAUAAGGAGGGACACGCAUGAAGUAGCAACGUGAUUUGUUUUUUAAUUUUUUAGAUGUUUUUAUUAGACGUCUUUUCAUUGAUUUUUAGUGUUACAUUUCUGGAGUAAGCUGUUGGAUAGUCCUGAGAAUUCCUUUUGAAGUAAAGAUAUAAGUUAGAAAGUAAGAAGAAAAGGAAUUUUUUGACAAUCUGGAAACAGCCCAAGACAUGUUUUUUUCUUUUUUCUUUCUUUCUUAAGAUGUUCUCAUGUGAAUUUUAAACAGUCUGGGUUGUGUAAUACCUCCUUGAGCAUAUCCACCUUCAGGAGAGGGAGAGGUCAUUAAGUGAAGUUUCAACUACAAAUAUUUAAACUGGAAGAACAUUUCAGAUUGUGCCUGUUACGCCCUUAGACUGAUAAUGAUUUUACAGAAAUAUUUAUUCUGACAAAAUUAAGUGACACUGAUUUUCAUUGGGGGGGAAAAGUGACUCUUGUGGACUACAGAUAACUGACUGGCAAACUACAGUUGACCAAUCUCAGUUUGCGCAAGGGAGCGCUGGUAAUCUAACGGAGUACCAAGCACUAGAUAAAAUGCAGGAAAUUGGUUGGCGGAAGUGGCAAUCUGCCACAUGUAUCUUUUUACUUUUUGCUAAAACUCAGAAGGAUUUCCUUUUUUUCUAUACUGUGACGUUGCUCUCAUUAAUCAAUCGAUUGCUGCCACCUGCUGAGCUGAAUCUCUAUCGAUCCGAUCUCAUCUUGUAAUCAAUUUAGUUACUAUGACAGCGGAACAGUCGCCUACCGAAAUGCAGCGUGAAGAUUUCAAAUUACAUUUCACAAACAUAAUUACGAGCUGAAUGAUCAGCUGAUUAGCGUUGGUUAGAUUAGUAUAAUUGGAUGUUUGUCGCUCGUUCUAAAACGCUCUGAAUACUACCAACUCUGAAAAACCACGUUUGUCCAUGUAUGCAGAUAUAAUUUAAAACAAAAUCAUAUCUACAUUUACACAGGAUUGGCAGUUUAAUAUAGAUUUUCCCUUAAAACCGUUUUGUUCCUGCUAUGCUACAGUACAGCGACUCUCUGUUUACAUAGUUGAUUGCUUUUGAUUGGAGAAGCAUGGAGCUACAAUUGUUUCCUAGCUAUCGAUUUUAACAUCACUGACGUCUUUACCGCAUUCCUUGCGUUGUAAUGGUGCAACCUAUUUUAGUAAAUUACAAGGGAUAAAACUAUCGUGUUCUUUCUAAGAACGUACGGAGGACUUUCACACAAACUUAAGGAAGGAUUUAGCUGGUGCAACCCAGUCCUGCUCCUUUUUUUCUUGCAGCUUAAAGUUGUUUUUCAUAAAUAAUAAUUUAACACCUGCACGCCUUCUCUAAGAUACACUACUCCAAUAUUUAGCAACCUGAAAGAAAUCCAAGGGAAAUCAAAAGACUCUCUUUGAUCCACUUGUCUGUUUAAUAAUGGACAAGUGUGUUGCCCUCAGUCCGCUCAACUAAUGGCUAAUGUCUUUAAAGCAUUUUAGGGAAAUGAGGGGGAAUUGAAUGUGCCAUUAUCCUGUAAUCACCACUAGUGUCCACAGUGGCUGCUGUUCAGCACAAGUUACAUAGUCUACCUAUUAAAGCAACACUAGAGAACUUUUCCCGCUUCGGUCCCCCUACAGGUUGGAAGCGGAAUGGUCCAUUACAUCGUCCAGUUCAUUCGAACUACAGAUCCGCUACUUGAUCUGGCAAACUUGCACAAUGUCAUGUAACGGACAAUUUCGCUUCCAACCUUAAACAGGGCCGUCUCUUCCAUACUGUUCUAUCUCUUCUUGGCAUAUCGCUCCAGGUGCUCAAACUGAUUAGCUGCAGCUGACUCAAAGAGAUCCUUUUAAAAUCAACUCUCUACUUCAGCUCCUCACGGCUGGCGCUCCGAUUUAACUGAAGGUUGACACUGACACUGGUGUUUGAAAGAAUCUGUCUCUUUGAGCUGUCACUGAAGCUCAGGGAGUCAUGUUUCCUACAUGUCUUCAAAGGUUUGUCUCGAGCUCAAUCUUAAACUCAGAACAGAAGUGCAUGAAAUGAUGUGUGUCUCUAAACCCAGCAAAAAUAUUGCAACCACAAGAUAAUGCAUAGAAACGAGAGGCGGCACGUUAAUAUUCAAAAUUUUGGUUCACCAAUUUACAGGAAUAGGUCAACCGUACGCGAAUACGAGAGUUAGAUGAAAAGAUCAAUACCAUAGUCGUAUCUGUACAUUUAAAUAUGAAGCUAGAGCCAUGAGACGCUUAGCUUAGCUUAGCAUAAAUACUGGAAACAGGGAAACGGCUAGCCUGGCUCCGGCCAAAUGUAACAAAAUACAUACCCGCACCUCUAAAGCUCACUCAUUAACACGUUAUGUCUCGUCUGUACAAAAAUUGUUGGUUUCACAAAGGAUUACAUACUGGAACUAUUUCUUGAUAGGGGGGGCAGUGACUCCCUGGAGUCUCCGCUGGUUGCCUGGCAACCUCAAGACUUUCCAAAAUGUCAAACAAUCGCUUUAAGGUUCCAGACACUUUGCUUUCUACAACUACUUAAACUCCCAAAGCACUAUUUGCAUGGGAAUGUAAAGUCGGUGUCUUAACCGUUGUAUUCCAACUCUGCUCCACAACCCGUUAGAAAAAUGCCCAAAAGUUGGUCCCUUCCUGUUUCUAUGAAAGUUUCAAAAUUUUAGGUUAGAAGUUAUAUUCCUAGACCCACUACAGAACAAAACCAUCACAAUUAAACUCAAGAUUUACGAUACGAGACGUUAAUAUACUUCCGAUGACAGUAACGAGCCCCAGCCAUUCUUUUUAAACUGUUUCUUGCUGCUCCUUAACGCCUGAGAGAGAAGUUUCAGAUGUUUUUAGAGAUCCUUUUUUAGGGGACAAUAAUGGUCAAGUAGUAAUUAAGAUUUAUUUAGUUUUUUUUUCUUCCAUGCAAAUGUUUUAAUGUGCACUUUAUACCACAAUUUGCAAUCAUUUCAGAAUCCAUUCAUUGUAACACCGUCAACACGUGUUCUUUCCCUUCCACCGAGACUAUGUCGAGACUAACAUGUCAGGAUGUUACUGCGUUGACUCUGCACCGUGGGUUUGACUUAAAAGAUGAAUUUCAGUUUUGCAUACAUUUUUGACACUGCAUUUGUGUGAGAAUUUUUACAGUAGGAGUUUGACGAAUAUAACCUGCUUUUCUAUUGAUAUGGAUUGUGUAAUUACAUUAACUUUAGUGCUGACAGCUGUAAUGCUGCUGUGUGGAAUGCUCACACUAUAUAUAUAUAUAUAUAUAUAUAUAUAUAUAUAUAUAUAUAUAUGAUGCUAUAAAGUGACCUUUAAGUAUCUUCGUGAACUAAGCUGGACACAUCAAAUUUUGGUCAUGAAUUUCAAUUUCUAGAAGCAAAUGAUUUCUAUUUUUAUAUGUGCAAAAACGGCAGUGGUGUUUACUGUAACAAAGGUACACUCUAAGGUCUAUUAAUUGUUGGUUCAGAAAUAUGAAACAAAAUAAAUAGUUGAAAUGA